AUGGCCAGUCAGGUCCUGGCUCGAAGAUGUUCAGAUUCAGUUGCUAGAAGUCAGGGGGCUUAUGGUAAAAGUGAAGUCGCUUCGUACGGAGACUGUGCCCUGUGUUUCUUCUGUGGUGGUGGAUUAAGAAACUGGGAAGAUGAAGAUGACGUCUGGGUAGAACAUGCCAGGUGGUUCCCCAAGUGUGCCUUCAUCAGACAAUUCAUGGGACAGAAUUUCGUUGACACAGUGCAAGAGCUUAACAAAACCAAGGACAAGAUUUCUUUUCAAAUGGUUAUUGUGACAAUGGGCGGGUCCCCUGCUGCUUUUCAACCAGCCUCAAAAAGCAACAAGGAUGAUAAAGGCCCAACCAGCUUAGAAUCAGGUAUUAUCACAGAUAGACCCAGACGACCAGAAUAUGCUUUAAAAACUGAAAGAAUAAAAUCUUUUUCUGAUUGGCCAAGGUCACAUCAUAGUCAAGUGGACGACCUUGCAGACGCCGGAUUUUAUAGCGCAGGUCUGGAUAGUGUGAGCUGCUACUGUUGUGGUGGAACUCUAGGCAAUUGUAAAAGUCGGAAAUGUUUUUUGGUGGAGCAUGCCAGAUUGUUUCCUAGAUGUGCUUAUCUUAGACUACACGUGGGACAAGACUUUAUUGAUACUGUACUUAAACUGUCAAAAGCCCAAAACAAGAUCAUACUUAAAGAUGUCAGGGAUCAAAUGGAAAGUUCUGGUAUUCUUUCCCAUUUUAAAACUUCCAGGGAAUGGAGCAAAGAGCUGCUACAGAAGAUGACGUGCAAGAUCUGUCAUGACAAGGAUGUUGAAGUAGCGUUUCUGCCAUGUGGUCAUCUUGUGUCCUGUGCCGAAUGUGCAUUAGUUUCAAGAGACUGUCCAGUUUGUAGGAAGGCAAUCAGAGGGCUGGUACGAGCCUUUAUUUCUUGACAAAAAAACAAACAAACUCUGCACCUCUGUUGAUUAUAAAUGCAAAACUUGUGACCGUCCAGAUAUAUCUUUUUCCUUUUAGUUUUAUUCAAAUCUUCAUUAAGAUCAAGAC